AUUUCCGCCUUGAUUGGUCAUAAUACAUACAUAUUGCAAUUUGCAGUCUGUCACCAUCUGCCACUUUCAAAGGGGCUGGGAGUAUUGUGUGUAACCUCGCCUAUUAGCUUAAGAUAGCUCACAAGUGUUCCGCUUAGAACAAAUGAUUAUUUUCUAAUCCGCCGCUGUCAUGAAGCUCGGAUGAUAUACACGCGUGUUGUCAAUCGCUACGCUCGCCUAAAUAAAAUAUAGCCGUUUGAUACCGCACGUACCAGUUUUUUUUUUAAGGCUACGAAGAUGGAGCAGAUAAAGGUCCCCUUUACAGAGAUAAAGGUAGAGAACGUGAGGAUGCUAGACAAGUAUAGCAAUAAUCAUUCCAUCGGCACGCUCUACCUGACAGUGACGCAUCUCAUCUUUGUCGAAAGAAGCGGCAAAAAGAAGAUAUGGGUGUUAUACACGCAUAUCGCUAAUAUAGAGAAACAGCCGUUGACGACCACAGGCUCGCCCUUGUAUGUCAAGUGCAAGCAUUUCUUCAUCGUCACAUUCGUCAUCCCGAAGGAACGCGAUUGCCACGAGAUUUAUCUCACGUUAUUAAAAUUGUCCUGUCCAGCUAGCGUAGAGGAUUUGUAUUGCUUCAAUUAUAAAGAGAGCAAAGAUACGCUACCUCAGCAUGCUGGGUGGAAUUUCUUCAAUGUACAAAGCGAAUUUCAACGGCAAGGUGUCCCAAAUGAGGAGUGGUCACUCUCAUAUUUAAAUACCAAUUACGAGCUGUGCGAUACUUAUCCGAGGUACUUAUAUGUUCCUAGUGCGUGUACCAAAAACAUUUUACUAGGCAGCGCAAAGUUCAGAAGCAGAGGCAGGCUACCAGUUUUAACGUAUUUACACUCAAACAAAGCUGCCAUUUGCCGCUGCAGUCAACCACUCUCAGGAUUUAGCGCAAGGUGUCCUGAAGACGAAGAAAUGAUGCAUAAUAUAUUAUGUACGAAUCCUAAUUCGCGGUAUAUGUACGUUGUCGAUACAAGGCCGCGGAUUAACGCCUUCGCUAACAGAGCUGCGGGAAAAGGAUAUGAAAAUGAAAACUUUUAUGACAACAUCAAAUUUCACUUUUUCGGGAUAGAAAACAUUCAUGUAAUGAGAACGAGCUUAAAUAAGCUCUUGGACUUGCAGAGAUCGACCUCCAUGAGCGCAUUUUUAAGCGGCCUAGAAAGCAGCGGUUGGUUAAAGCAUAUUCGCUCUAUCCUGGAAACCGCCUGGUUCAUCGCACGGGCAGUUUCGAACGGCGUGAGCGUGGUAGUGCAUUGUAGCGAUGGAUGGGAUCGCACCGCGCAAGUGUGUUCUCUGGCUGCAUUAAUGUUAGACCCAUUUUACAGGACCAUCCAAGGCUUUCAAGCUCUAAUAGAAAAGGAUUGGUUGUCGUUUGGUCAUAAAUUCAGCGACCGUUGUGGCUAUGUCAGUAGCGACGGUAAAGAACUGGCGCCGAUAUUUACUCAGUUUAUAGACGCGACGUACCAAUUGCUACAGCAAUAUCCAUACAAGUUUCAAUUCAAUGAAUAUUUUCUCUUGACGUUACACGAUCACGUGCAUAGUUGUCAAUACGGCACAUUCGUCGGGAAUUCGGAAAAAGAGAGGCAAAUGUUAAGAUUAUCCGAACGAACGUAUUCGUUGUGGGGCUAUUUAGCGAAUAAUAUGAAUGAGUAUAUAAACUCAAUCUACAGAUGCAAUCGUUACAAUAACGAGGACACUGUUGACAUUCUUCAACCUAAAUUAGCACCUCAAUCUAUCGUUCUUUGGAGAGGCUUGUACUUUAGAUUUGAAAAUGGAAUACAUCCUAGGGAAACGUGCGAAGACUUAAUUCUAACGAUUCACGAUCACACAAGUUCCUUAGAGGAUCAUGUGAAGCUUCUGCUAAAACGAGUCAAUUCUGUGGGGCAACUUUUAAACACGAAUAACGCGCAAAAAAAGGGAAAGCAUAAAUUUGACAAUAAAUUCAUGAAGGAUUCUUUGUCGGAGACUAUAAUAGAGAACACCGCAAAUCACGACGAGAAGACAAGAGCUAAACUAAAAGCGAUUCAAUUGGAGAAUGAAUUGAAGACAGUCGCUUUAGAAUGGAAGUUGUCGCGAAACAUGGAAGAAUGCGGAUGCUCUACCACAUUUGAUGCUUUUAACAAAAAGCAUCAUUGUUGGUCUUGCGGUGAUGUGUUAUGCACAAGGUGCAUGGUGAUGCACACAAAAUUACCUGGGCAUCUGUCGCAGCGUGCUGUACCCACAUGCAAAUCGUGCUAUCAAAGUUUCGGCAUAUCUGCCACUAGUCCUUGAACGCGCUUUAUUUAACACCAAUUUAUGCUUAUAAUCCACAUAAUUUGUACGCACGUCUUUUGCGGAAACGAUGCAGAAGCGUAGCAUACGUCAAGCAAUAUCAUGUAUUUUAGCUUUUCUAUAUUUCUUUAAAUUUUAUUCCAUUCGUAUAAUUGAUCAAUACAAACAACGUAGUACCUGAUUAAAAAGUAUGUGUACGAAUACGGACUUAUUUUCUAACUUAAAUAACUCAUUAACACAUUAAAGUUCGUGAAGAUUACACUCAAUUAAUAAUAACAAAUCAUUGACUGUCAACUACUAUGGUACAGAUGAUAAAUGCCGUUGCGUCUUAUGUCAAUGAUUUUAAAAGCUACCUCGAGUUUAUUAUUCGGUAUUUUUACAACUAUUGGGAAAAAUUGCACAUGCACAUACGUAAGUUAAACGAACACAAGUUGACUUUGCAAUACCUUGAAUUCUGUUCGCAUUGCAAUGAAAUUGGAUUCUGCCAUAGUAGUUGAAGAGUAUAGUAAUCGUUAAAUUGUAUUAAAUUGUUUUAAGUUACAUCAGGCUGUAAAUUAUACAUAACCUUGCAUUCACAUAUAUUACAUUCAUAGUUCUUUGAUUUCUUUACUAUCUCUUACUAAUUUGUUCUGUUCUAAUAUUGAAUGUACAAACCGAGUAAAACGCUGCAAUAUUUCACGAUAUUGUGGGUAAAAGAAAACCACGUCAAUACUAUAUUAUCAAGGCAUAUUGUUCAAUGAAAAGAAAAACACUCCAUUGUAAAUUUCUGAAUACAGAUACACCAUACAUCACUCAUUACACAAAAGCAUAUGUAUAAUCCGAGAAGUUUCUUCAAAUAUACUAAUAAGACUUCAUAUACGAUA